GGUACAAAAGCUUGUGCGUAACCAGAAGUAAGCUUACAUACUAUACACCUGCCUCGACACACGUCAAGGCGUAAGGCACAAGGUACACCGCGCCCCACGCAUGCAAACUCUCCAUCCGAAAACACGCGUAUAAAAGACAGACAAUCACUAAAAAGAACCACCCACCCUCACUACAAACCUUCACAGCACACCCAAAAUGCGCCCCACAACCCUCCUCGCCCCCCUCACCCUCGCAGCAUCCAGCUCAGCCUGGGCCCGCGCUCCGAACGGAGUAUGGGUCGCCAACAACGUCGUGUAUAUGAUCGGUAACGUGCAAGUCCACGAAGCGUGUACGAAGAUGAACACGAAUCAGUACUGGGGGAGUGGGGGUUGUGCGUUGGGGUGAUGCGGAGGGGGGGUUGUUGAUGGAGGUGAGUGUCUUUGAUUCUCUUUUUGUGUGAGAGGGGUGUUUUGCUGAUUUGUUUGUAGCUUGUCGGUAUUAGGCUGU